ACCAUCCCCGCGCAAUAAAUACUCUCCUUAGUUGUUUGGUCUGUUGUCAGUUGAACAUUUCCAGCUAAUAAACAGAACAUCAAGAAAAUUGACGAUCUCCUUGUCCACAUUUACCAUUUCGUUUCGUUCGUCCGCAUAAUCAACAAUGUCCACCGAAGCAGAUUUCAAAAAGGCUGCUGAGGAGGUAAAUAAACUCGAAAGGAGUCCCAACAAAGACGAGAUGCUCAAGCUUUACGGUCUAUAUAAGCAGGGCACUGGAGCGGACUUUUCAGCUGCCCCUAAACCCAAGCCAGGUUGGGUUAAGAGUCUGGACAAGGAUACUUUGAAAUACGAGGCUUGGGAACAAGUCAAGGAUCUCUCCGUAGAAGAUGCGCAAAAGCAAUACAUCGAGUUCGUCGCGGAAUUGAAAGAGAAAUAUGGUUUCAACGCUUGACGAUGAUAAAGAGUGAAAGAAUGUUUUGACCGUGCAGAGGAAUAAAAGGUGUUGGUCAUAUCCCCGAUGUGUGCCAGUUUCCAAUGUUAUAAAUUGUUUUUAAUUCCAUAUGAGUCUGCAUGAUAUCGAUCCUUUUUCAGUCAUACCAUUUAAUAGCAUGGCACAUCAAUUAAUCCAUGAUUUUUGGCUUACUGCUAUUC